GUUUAAGCUGAUGUGGACAACCAAGUGGGCAUUCCAUUCAGUGACUUCAAGCAAGAUGGUUCGAGAAACAGUUCUGUGUUUUUUGGCAUUCUAUUUUAUUUGUGUGUAUGCAGAAAAUGCCACUGACACCAUCGAAAGAAUACUUAUUGAAGACACUGAGAUUGCCAGGGGCAAAGUCAUUGCACCGAGUGUUUCAGGAUGUGCCAUAAAGAGUAAUCCAGAACUUAACAACUUCAUGAUGAACAUUUGGGGACUAUACCACAACCUAGAAUAUGAUCCCAAUGAUGACAUUGAACCUCAAAUCAUUUUCUACAAUUAUAAAAAUGAAGUUCUCAAGGUGACCAAAAUAAAAAAUAAGACAUCUGAUGAAAUAAGUGCAAUACUGGAUGAAGAAGGAUUUUACAAGAAAUCCCAGAAAGGUGAAGAGGUCCCAAAAGAAUUCCAGCAUUAUCCCCUGAAAGCACCAAGAGAUGAGCUGUGAUUUAAUGACCAUGGUAUCUAGGAAUCAGCUGUUAUCUGCUCUGUGAUGAUAAAUGUAACAUUGCUAUACAUGUCAAAGCGGACUUAUCCAAACAUUUUUUAAUAAAUUAUUUGAAAUAAUCGCA